AUGCCGAAUCCUACACCGCUCCUGGCCACCGUACUGCAAACCGUCAACAUCAAGUCCUACAUCCCCGUCGAGCUCGACAUCGCCGAAUCCAAUUACACCGAGAGGCGGUGCUUUUUCGAUGCCUCCAUCGGCAAAUUCGGCAUCAGCUCUCAUCUCACCUCUCCUCCUACCGCCGCCAACCGCCGCGAUCGCGAGUGGACCAUGGUAGACCAGUGCAUCCUCAGCUGGUUCUACAACACCAUCUCCAAGGACGUUCGCGCCAUCGUUCGCGCCCCCAAGGCCACGGAGUACACCAUCUGGAAUGCGAUCCAUGAUCAGUUCUGGGAUCACGAGCUUCACCGAGCCGUUUACCUAGAGGCUGAGUUCAGGAGCCUGUUCCAAGGCGACAUGGACAUCAAGACCUACACCGGCCGGCUGAAGCAGCUCGUCGAUGACUUGCACGACGUCGGGCAGCCCAUCCAUGAGACGUCCCAGGUCCUCAACAUGCUCCGUGGUCUCACCCCCAAGUACCGGCACGCCGUCCCGGUGAUCACCGCCAAGAACCCGCCGCAUACUUUCCUCUCCGCCCGCUCCUACUUGCUCCUGGAGGAACAGUACGACAAGGAGCACGCUAAGUCCACCGCACAACAUGCUCUUUUCGCCACUGGUGGUUCUCGGCCGACCGCUCCGGCUGCCGGUGAAGGUGGUUCCGGCGCUGGUCAAGGCGGCCAACCUCCCCCACGACCGCCGACGGUUGCCCACGGCUCGGCUCCUCGUUCAGAUGGCAGACGUGGUCGCGGGCGUGGGCAUGGCCGCGGCAGUUAUCAGCACCAAGGCGGCUCCACCUCUACUCCGCAGCCUCGAGCUCCCUAA